CGCUGCCCGCGAGGUAGAACGAGAGAGGUUAGGUUCCUCGUAGCCUCCCUCUCGCUCGAUCGCGCGGAGCCUCACGCUCCGCGGGCGAGACGCUCGAUCUAGUUGCGUGCGUCGUUGUCCCGCGUCCAUGUUACACAGUCGCGUAUCCGUCUCGGAGCUUAUCAUCCCCGCGUGAUGACAGUCGGCUGAGCGCAAACGUCAUUUUGUGGUCGCGGCGGAAAGAGAAGAGGAGAGAAAACGAGAGAGAGAAGGAGAAAGAAAAACGGGAAGCAGCGCAAGUGAAAUCGGACGACAGUGGACGGGUGGUGCAGGGCGGUCUAGGUUCCACGACGACGACGACGAGGACUGCUCAUCGUCCCUCAGCGUUCGUGCGACAGAGAGGAGAGGAAAAGAAAGCGCGAGAGAGCGGCGGCACGGCCAACCGACUGGCACGUUGUCAUCGGUGGACAAUCAUCGUCCUUGUCGCCGUUACCUUCCCUCUCGUCUAGCCGUCUAGCCAUCAUCAUCAUCGUCGUCGUCGCGUUUCGUCACGCGUCCAGGUCGGGCGGACGCGCGGAGGCGACCGAGCGGAACGGGCGAUCGUGAUUUCGCCGAACGGAACGACCCAGCUACGUCUACGAGAGGCCAGCCACGAUGAGCUUCCUGUUCGGAAGCAGGUCUUCCAAGACCUUCAAACCAAAGAAGAACAUCCCGGAGGGUACUCAUCAGUAUGACCUGAUGAAGCACGCCGCCGCCACGUUGGGUUCCGGGAAUCUACGGCUAGCCGUCAUGCUUCCUGAAGGAGAGGACCUGAACGAGUGGGUGGCCGUCAACACUGUCGAUUUCUUCAAUCAAAUCAACAUGUUGUACGGCACCAUCACGGAGUUCUGCACGGAGGAGAGCUGUCCCAUCAUGUCGGCGGGACCCAAGUACGAGUACCACUGGGCGGACGGUCACACGGUGAAGAAGCCCAUCAAGUGCUCGGCGCCCAAGUACAUAGACUACCUGAUGACCUGGGUGCAGGAUCAGCUGGACGACGAGGCUCUCUUUCCGUCGAAGAUCGGUGUCCCCUUCCCCAAGAAUUUCCUGUCGAUCGCCAAGACCAUCCUGAAGCGAUUGUUCCGAGUUUACGCGCACAUCUACCAUCAGCACUUCAGCGAGGUGGUGCAGCUCGGGGAGGAGGCGCAUCUCAACACGUCGUUCAAGCACUUCAUCUUCUUCGUUCAGGAGUUCAAUCUAAUCGACAGAAGAGAACUGGCGCCGCUGCAGGAGCUGAUAGAGAAACUGACGGCGAAGGACGCGCGAUGAGUGCGUCCCGCGGUCGCCCGCCGAGCCACUCGUUGUCCCUCCCUCCCUCGCCCCCGGAACCUCCUCUCCAAAGAAUCUCACCGUCGCGCUGUCUCCGCUAAACCCGCGCACGUGUAAUCGCGCUAUUUAAACCGAUUCGCUAAUAAUCGCUGUGCAAACGCGAAAACCACGAUAUCUGCCUCCGUCUCUCGAAGCGUGGAGCCUCCCGAAGCCAUUUUCCAGAGUAAGCCACGCGAAAGAAUGCAGAUACACAGAUUGCGUCCGCCGCAUCUUGUUCUCCUGACAGCGCAUCGAUGCACACACACACACACGUACACAGUCACACAGUCGGAGGAUAACGAUGGUAGUUCCGAGACGGUUCAGCUUCGCGAGCGUUUCUCCGUUGUCGAUCGUAACUUAUUGCACCCUCGCGCCUCGUCGACACGAGAGAAAAGGAACGUCCGAUCAUUAUCGUCCGCGUCUCGUCUCGUCUCUCGCGCGAGAAAAAAAAACUCCGCUCGCGAGAGUCCCGCGAUUCUGUUUGUUACUCUAUUGUUUCGUCGUCGUGCGCGGAUGUAAAAAUACGUGGUUUCGUUACGUAGAGAUUACCGAUCGUUUCGAUAACGGCCGUGCGCGAGAACGCGCAACGGCACGUCGAUUAGAUUAUCGUGCGCUAAUUUUUACUAAGUUUAGGGAUAAGCGUUAGUCUCGGAAAAGGCUCCUUCCUCUCGUUUUCUCGUUCCGGCGCGCGUAACUCCCCGGGUAACUCCCGUCCACGACCUUCUUGUCGAGGAACUGCACACGUUUUAUCGGUGAUGAAAACACGCAUCUGCAAAGCCGUUGAAAAGGAGGAAAGAAAGAAAGAAGGAAGGAAAGACGCCGUGUCGCGUCGAUUACGAUUUAAGGCAUCGUCUCUUGUUAAGCGCUUAUAGACUUAUUUAUAUACACUAGGAUUUUUGUACGCGUUUUGUCCCCCGUAGAGAGCGAUAACUCCCGCUUCAGCCGCUUCUCUCUCGGAUGCUCCGGCAGCGAGAGCACAGUCUGCGUCGUCUCACUGCGGAUUCCCGCCCGUGGUCCCGUUUUCCGUCUUCGCCGGAGGCCAGCCAGUCUGCCAGCGGAGACUGGCAGCAUCACGGCGUCCGUCUCGCAAAGUGCGCACUUCUUCCUCUUCGCGUUUUAAUAACUGUCUUGACCAAUUUCUAACUGAUUUCCAGCUGAAUUCGAUAGUCAGAGGAUCUCUGUCCAGUUUACUCGUCCGCGACUCGAGAUACUUUUUUCGGAUACUUUCUGCAAAGGAACUGCACAGCUCUCGGUCUAAUUGCGUGAAUUUCGCGACUGCGAAGUAUUUGACGAUCGGCCAACAUUGCCAGUGACUGCUGCAGUUACAGUCACUCGCGGCGAACUGAUUCGCCGGUUAGUCUUGAUCUGUUGCGUAGAUCGAGCAUGACCGUUUCUCUCCUUUCGACGCGAACAAAUGAAACAGCGCGGAUAAAUAAUGUGCGAUAACGAUAAAUCUUUAGGGUGAUUCUCCAAAGUGCUGAAAGUGAUUUGAAAGGGAAACAUAUUUUUUUCACCGCAGUAGACGUUAAGAAUUCGGAGCGCGCAAGAUAUAUAUAUAAUAUAUAUAAUAUAUUUACACGCCACGUCGACAUAUUUUAUUAUAAAAUACGAAAAUCGCGGCAGAACGGCGGCAGAGCGACGUGAGCUGAUGAUAACGUCGCGAUAUCGUCGCCGGGAAACGGAGGCGACGCAUGCACGCGCCUAGACGUAGCCGGACGUAGACGCACAUCGUAAUGGUAUAAUAACGAUAACGAUAAUAAUGUAACGCUGUACUCGGUACUUAAGAGGUAACAAGACGCAAAACGAAGUAAGAAAAGGAAACGAACGCCGAGCGAGCGAGCGGGCGGGCGAAGCUCUCGCGCUUGCGGUCGCGCAACGGGCGACGACGGUCGCCUGCUAAAAAGGAGAAAGGAAAGAAUGAAUGGCAAAGAUUAAUUCGCAUCGACUGUCGAGAAAUGACCAUUUUUGCUUCCGUACUUUGCACGCGCGAGUACUAGCGACCGUUUUGCCACUUGCUACUCGCUCGUGAGAUCUUGGACGUCUACCUUGAUAGCGACUUGAUCCCCCUGAUCGGAGCUCUUUUCGUCCCCUGCCCUUUCCCUCCUCGCUUUUGGUGAUUUUCCGCGGCGCGUUGUGCCUAAUGAUGACGAGAAACACUCGUGCGAAAACUGGACGGUCACACCUCCCCGCAACUCCCUCGCUCGUCCCGAAAUUAAUGCUGAUAUCGCAGAUAGAUAUCGCGUUAGAUCAUCGAUGGAAGAUCGAAGAUCAUCGUUAGGCAUCAGGGGAGCCGGAUCAGCGAGGAUACAUUGCGUUCACAAUUUUUCUAGCUACUAUUAGCUCAACUUCCGCAGUUUCAGUGUAAUAUUUAUAGUUAAUGCUGCAAUUAUUUCUACCUUUUUUUGGUGGAAGGAAAGAAAGUCCUCCUCUCGGUUCUUCAUCUUGCUUUCCGGCUAGACACGUUCUUGGGAGAGCUGCACGCAAUGUCCUCAGGAUGAUUCCUCGCCUCUGGCUCUUCUGGUGCUGACAAAGUCAUGCUAUCAUCGUUCAUCAUGAUUCUAUCGAGAUUGAGCAAGCGGACAAUUAGCGCGAGAUUUUGAAAAAUAAAGUAAACGAUCCCGCAAUCCGGUAGCUCGUGAAGGGUGAAGGGGAUCACCCUUUUACCUUGGGAAUCUUUUCGAUGCGAGUAAAAGGGGUCGAGCGUGCUGAGAUAAGGUUGUACUUCUUCGUUCGAAACGGCCUUUCGCGGAGAGUUCUCAUCGAUCAACUGUCCGCUCGUCUGAUAGUAACGUUAGUGAUACAUGUGCAAUGUAAAUAAUAUUUUUCACAAUUGCAAAACAAAAAGAAGAAAAGAACGGGACACAACCGCGUCUUGAUCGCGGCGCAUAGGCCGCGCCGAAAAUGUUUAUAGUCCUGAAUAUAAUCUUGUAAUCUUUCUGUAAUAAAUAUCGUUCCGAUUACAU